AUGGAUCGAGUAAAAAGAUUCGACUAUACAGCCUCCGCAUGGUCUGAAGGAUUUAGUUUUGUUACGCCACGACCUGAUGAAGAGAGCAGAUUAUUCGCCUUCAUCGGCCCAUUUCAACCCGCGGUUUGGAUGGCAAUUUUCAUCAGCCUUUUCUUCGUCAUCGGCACAAUGACAUUUUUGACGUGGUUCUACGAUCGUCGUACGAAUACUGUGGGUAUUACUGCGACUGAGGGGGAUACAGAAUCAAACAGUCAGUCCAACGGUGACGUGUCCAUUCGAAGAAGCACGUUCAGUUACAUGGGAUCCCACAUGAUUUAUGUAAUAAAUACAAUGACCAAUCAAGGUGGUCCAGAAGGGAAUAAUCGCACUUCGUUUCGAGUUUUGAUUGGAGUUUGGGUGUUGUGCGCUAUGGUUUUGGUCAACUGUUACACGGGAAUUGUCACUUCCUCCCUCACAACACCGAAGCUCAAGCCGUCCAUAAACACGCUGGAAGAUUUAGCAGCGAGUAAUGAGGUCAAAAUAGUCAUCAGAAGCGACACAUCAACCGGAGUACAAAUUCUGCAAGCAACAUCUGGCAUCUAUAAGAUUCUGGGAGAUCAAGUCCGGAGUGAACCUGAUCGAAUCUUUGACGAUCCUUUUAAAUUGGAGGCAAAAUUACAAACUAGUCGUUUUGCUUAUCCAUACAUGCAUUCUUUCAGCCUUGCUUUUGUUGGUACGCAACAUAAAAAGGAUGGGAAGUGUCGUUUUAAAGUCUCGAAAAUGUUGCCUUUAUCACACGGACACUACCAAUUUUUUUUCAAAAAGGGAAGUUGGUACACUAAAACCAUUAGCAAAGGAGUUUUGGAGUUGUGCGAGACCGGCCUUGUUCGAUUCUUUGUAAAUCAUCUCCCUACCAUACCCAGGGCCGACGAAUGUUUCGCCGAAAAUAAACGCCGAGUCUCCCGUCCUGUUCCCAUCCAGUUAACCGAUUUGAUCAGUGCCUUUCUCAUUCUAGGCAUCGGGAUGGGAUUGGCGACGCUAAUUUUCUUGAUGGAAUCAAUCGUAUCGAGAUGGCGACGCUUUAAACGACGUUAA